AUGGGGGGAAGGUUCUCUACUGGUGGCCUAAAGGUACUGGCUCGCAAACAUUUGUCCGCUACGGAGAUCGCUCUGCCCCGAUUUACCGAAUUAGAGCUGGAUCCCACGAAAUAUAUGACCAAAAGCGUUGAAAAGGUUCUUACGACAAAGACUCGUGGUAAUCAAAAGGUCGAAAUCAUGAAGAAUGGAAUCCUAUGCGAGGAGUGGCGGUUUAGUCGACAGCAUGUGGAAGAUAUUCGCGGCAUUGGUUGGAAGGUUGAAGACGAUGACGAAGUAGGCAUCGACCCCUUGUCAUUUAUUCAACCGGUGCCUCAUUCCGUGUAUUCACAAACACAAGCCUUGGUUAAAUGGAAAAUGGCAUCGUCACCUUGGAGGGCAGGCAAUUCAUCAGACGUAUCACGAACGGUUCCUCUCUUCAAGGAGACCAGGUAA